AUGUCAGUCGUCGCGAGGCUCGCGCAGCUUGCUUCAGCUCGCGCUUGCUCGCGCUUCCACCCCUUCCGCGCGCUGCUCCUCCCCUUUCUCGCGCUGCUCCUCGCGGCGCCGCUCCUCUCCCUGUGCGCGGCGGAACGGCGGAACAAGCCAAAAUCCGCUAUUGGGACGCGCUUAGUCAUCCUGCGGAACAACACGCACGGCGCGAAAUGCCUAGACGGCAGUCAAGUGCGCUUCCACUUUCUCCCCCUUUUUCACCCACCUUCCUCUUUCCCCCUCCCCUUCUCCCCCACAAGCCCCCCCGCGUACUACUUCCGCGCGGGGGCGGGCGCGGGGAGGCGCAAGUGGCACGUGCAUCUCCCCACGGGCGGCUGGUGCUUCACCCCGCAAGACUGCCUCGAUCGCGCCAACUCCUUCCUCGGCUCGUCGCGCUUCUGGGCCAGACGCCUCCCCGCAGUCGUUGAAAACGGCGGAGCAGUGAUGAAUGUGAGUUUUCUCGCUCCCACACUUGCCCCCAUUUCGUUUCUCUCGAGCCCUCUCUCAUGCCUCUUUUCUCAUGCCAUACCUUCUGCUUCCUCGCUGCUCUUUGCGCCUUCCCUUCCCUCCACACCGCAACCCACCGAUCACCUGCUGUUGUUCUGGCCCUUACGGUUCUGCUCUUUGCCCACCAUUUCUGGCUCCUCCCUGUAUGCCUCCCUCACGUUAGCUCUCCUCUCCGUCUCACCCCACAAAAAUCUCCGCACGAAGCGGGGCAUGGGGGCGGCGUCGCAAGUGCUCUUCUCGGGCAGCUCAGCGGGCGGCCAUGCCAUCAUCAUGCACUGCGACCGCCUCGCUGCCGCCUUCCCCCGCGCCAAAGCCACCUGCCUCGCCGAUUCGGGCUUCUUUGUUGAUGCUAAGGACCGCUUUGGACAGAACUAUUGGCGAGAAAAGAUUCAGGCGCUCACCGCUCUGCACCGCAUCAACGUCCCGAACUGCCCAGCAGGUGAAAGCAAUGCACCAGGCAAUCCCCCAGGUGCAAAUGGGACUAUCCUGUUGUGGUCACCACGCCCCUCUUCCUCCUCCAGUUUCACUUCAACCGCCGCUUAA